GGUCCCUGCUUCGCAGGGACUUUUUGGAUUCCAGAGGACGUUUCCUGGAGCCGCAGCCCCGUUUGGGUGACGUGAAUUCGGGGCCGCUCUGGCCCGUCGAGCCUGUCCAGACAAAGUCCCAAAGGGAUGGCUCAGGGCUUGUGCCCGGCUUCGCUCAGGCAGCGCUUGAGGCACCCCCAAGAGGGUCCUUCUGGGGCCUUCCCCCCUUUGAACUGCGGUGGCGGGCGGGCCCUCGGUCUGCCGCACUGCUAGGAGUAGGGGCCGCCAUCUCCAUGGUCACGGCCAUGAGUGGGCCCCUGGCCGGCGGGUCGCGGGACAUCCUGUGGCGCAUUUUGGGCUGGAGGAUCAUUUCAAGCAUUGUUUGGUCAGUGCUGCUUCUACCCAUCUGCACCACGGUGUUUAUCAUCUUCAGCAGCAUUGAUUUAUUCCAUCCUGUGCAAUGGCUGUCUGAUUCCUUCAGUGAUCUCUACAGUUCCUAUAUAAUCUUUUACCUCCUGUUGCUGUCAGUGGUAAUAAUAAUAAUAAGUGUUUUCAAUGUGGAGUUCUAUGCAGUCGUGCCUUCUGUUCCCUGCUCCAGACUGGCCCUGAUAGGAAAGGUCAUUCACCCUCAGCAGCUCCUGCACUCCUUUGUCCAUGCGGCCAUGGGAAUGGUGAUGGCGUGGUGUGCUGCUGUGAUCACCAAGGGCCAGUACAGUUUCCUCGUGGUUCCCUGCACCAGUACCGGGAGCUUAGAUCGUCCUGCUACACAGACGUGCUUAAAUGAGUAUCAUCUUUUCUUCCUGUUGGCUGGAGCAUUUAUGGGCUACAGCUACAGCCUUCUGUACUUUGUUAACAACAUGAACUACCUCCCGUUCCCUAUCAUACAGCAAUACAAGUUUCUGCGCUUUAGGAGAUCUCUGCUCUUAUUAAUGAAACAUAGUUGUGUGGAAUCACUGUUCCUGACCAGAAAUUUCUGCAUUGUGUAUUAUUUUCUUGGCCAUAUUCCCAAAGCUUGGAUUAGCACUGCUAUGGACCUUCACACGGAUGAGCAGUCUCAUAGGCCUCUUGACACUGUGAGUGGCCUCUUGAAUAUCUCACUGCUCUACCAUGUCUGGCUGUGUGGAGUCUUUCUCCUGAUGACUUGGUAUAUCUCCUGGAUGCUCUUCAAAAUCUAUGCCACAGAGGCGCACGUGUUCCCUGUUCAGCUCCCGUUUGCAGAAGAGUCAGAUGAAUGCCUCCCAAAGGUUUUAAACAGCAACCCUCCCCUCAUCAUAAAGUAUUUAGCCUUGCAAGACCUGAUGUUGCUUUCUCAAUAUUCUCCCUCACGAAGACAAGAAGUGUUUAGCCUUAGCCAGCCAGGUGGACAUCCCCAUAACUGGACAGCUAUUUCAAGGGAGUGUUUGAAUCUUUUAAAUGAUAUGACUCAGAAACUGAUUCUCUUUCAAGAAGUUGCUGCUACGAAUGGCAGAGUGUCUUCAUCGUAUCCAGUGGAACCUAAGAAAUUGGUUUCUCCAGAAGAAACUGCUUUCCAGACUCCAAAAUCUGGCCAGGUGCCUCGGCCGUCAGUGCCAUCGUUAGUUAAAACAUCGCUGUUUUCUCCAAAGCUGUCUACACCUGACAUUGCAAGUCCCCUCGGGAGUGCAUUUGGCUCAAGCGUAGUGGAUCACAUGGCUGGGAUUUUUGAUGUGAACACUUGCUGUGGGUCUCCGCAGAGCCCUCAGCUAAUCAGAAGGGGACCCAGGUUAUGGACCUCUGCUUCUGAUCAACAAACGACAGAAUUUUCUAAUCCUUCUCCAUAUACCUUGCUUAGAACUGAGGGUAAGGCAAUGAGAGAGCCCAGCAUGGUUUAUUCAUGGAUGCAGAAUAAGCGUGAACAGAUUAAGAAUUUCUUGUCUAAACGGGUGCUGAUAAUGUAUUUUUUCAGUAAGCAUCCAGAGGCCUCCAUUCAGGCUGUAUUUUCAGAUGCCCAAAUGCACAUUUGGGCAUUAGAAGGUCUGUCUCACCUGGUGGCAGCAUCAUUUACAGAAGAUAGAUUUGGAGUUGUGCAGACCACACUACCAGCCAUCCUUAAUACUUUGUUGACACUGCAAGAGGCAGUCGACAAGUACUUCAAGCUUCCUCAUGCUUCCAGCAAACCACCCCGGAUUCCGGGAAGCCUUGUGGACACUUCUUACAAGACAUUACGGUUCGCAUUCCGAGCGUCCCUGAAAACUGCCAUCUAUCGAAUAACCAGCACGUUUGGAGACAAUCUGAAUGCUGUGCAAGCAUCUGCAGAACAUCAGAGAAGACUUCAACAGUUCUUGGAGUUCAAAGAAUAGUUAAGUAAUAUAAACUGUGUUCAUUACACUGCUGAUACAACUACAGAUGGGACAGUAAAUGUUCGGCAUUCUUGGAUCAGAAGAAACUGGACUAAUUAGAUGCUUCCUUUGUCGUGGUGGUUGCUUUGAAAACUAUACUUUAAUGGGAGAAAUCAUGGAAAGCAAUUCUCAACAGAAUAACUGAAAACUGCCUUUUCUGUACCGAUUGUUUUGUGUGUGUGGUACAAUAAAAUCUUUAUUCAAUUUUACAGAAGCAUCUAUGGCAGUAGAAAUGUCUCAAGCUCGUAUAACUUAAUAAUAAUCACUCCAAAUUUUUUAGAAUUUACUUUUGAAAAGAAUGGAGCCAGUUCAGAAGUUAAAUAUGUGUCGACUAGAUACAGUCUCCCUAAUCAUUCUGAGUUUAGCUCACUAUAAACGUCAAGUGACAUAAACCUUUCUAGAGUAGUUUCUGUUUACUGAAGGACCAAAACAGUAACAGUGGAGAGAAAUUCACAGAAAAAAUAUUGUCUAAAAGACAUAUUUUGUUAAUCUGUUAGGUUGUGUUUUUGUUUCCAGGGACAAAUUAAAUUUGCAUGAUUGUCCAAAAAAAGUCUCAAUUUACAGAUGCUAACUCUAUAUAAAGGAAUGUGGAAAAAUUCAGUUCUUAAGUUACAAGAUUAAACGUUCACAUUUGGCUUUUGAAAAACAAUAGACAAUAUGAAUUUAUUUUGUAUCAUGCUAGUAAACAAUAAGUAUAUGAGUAUUUACCCAACUAGUUUUGCUUUCUUUUCUGGAACAAAACAUUAAGUAAUUGCAGAGUUUUUCUUUUUUCGUUUUUUGGCAGAGUUUUUCAAGCAAGAGAAAAAAAUUUUGCAAGAAAACCCAGGGAAUGUUCCUUUUUUACCCCCAUGUUUCAUCUUCAUUAGGUCGGGUUAUUUCGUCUUGCUUGUCUGGCCUCACAGAGGGAGUGGCCUCUGCUGUGGUAACUGGCUAAUUAAAAUAUAAUAGGAAAAUCUUUAAAGCCAGAUACAACUUAGUCAUGAAAGAGUGAGUGAAAGCCAGCAUCAGCGAGAUUACUGUACUUGGAGCAUGUUGUAAGUCCCAAGUGUGAGUGAGGUAAUUUUAUAAUUUAUUAGAUCAACUUCUUUGGAGAUGAAAGAUUGGAAGUCCUGGUGGUAGAUAUUCGUAGGACCAGCUUUGGACUGAAAUGCUCCCUUGUGAUUUUUUUCUUAUUAUCUCUUCCCUCUAGAGUCCCCGAUUUUUUUCUUUCAAGUCAGCACAGCAUUGUGUAUGGGAGUCUUUAAUGUGGCAUAUAUGUCUACCAUUUGUCUGAUUCAUUGAUGUAUUAUAUCUUUACAACAGAAUAUUUUAGCUCCGGGCCCUGUUGCCCCUUCCACAGCACAUGCCAAAUUAUAAAUGAAUCCUGCUGGCCUUUAAAGUGUCUUUAUGGGACAGACAGUUCCCCAUUUGUCAAGCAUUUGGGUGUUUAGGCUAUUGCCCUUGGCUUUUGCUUUUCUUUUUUCUUUCUUUCUUUCUUUCUUUUUUUUUUUUUUUGCAUUGUGUCUGAAGUUGCGUUGACCUCCGUUGUUGAAUGUUAAAAGUCGAAUUUUGAUGAGUGGCCUCUUAGAGAUGACCAGAGAUUGUGGCCGGGUCCACUGAGGACUGUGUGUUCCAUGUUUUAGAGGCAUGCGCUGUGCUGCCCCUGGCUGAGGCAUCUGGGGAGACAAGGAUUCCUAAUCUGCUUCCUUUAUGAAGAAUUGGGUAUUUAACCCAUUAUGUUCUCCUGAGGCUGAAGGUGGGAUGAUUCCUUCCAACUUCUGACGUGUGUAAAAUGAAAAUGCCUGAGUUUAGGUUUUCGCCGUAUACGUCAGGGAGAGUUGUAUGGGAUGUUCACGUGAAUGCUUCUGAGAUGUUGGUGCCUGCUUUCUCUCAGGACAAUGCGCUGUGCCAGACUAUAGGCCACGUUGUGUCUGCCUGUUGGCAAUGUGGAAACUGCCUCCCUAGAUCGGUGUGUUUGGUAGAUAAGACCCGCCACUGUGUAUUGAUAAUCUCUCCAUCUGUUGGGGCUGGGGUCUUACUCCAGAGGGCUUCUCCUACGUAUAAGGAGAACCUUAGGGGAGGCCAAGAAGAGAGAAGCAUUUCCUUGAAGUCACCUCCUGUCCAGUUGCCCAUGGAUGCUGUAACAUUGGCAGCAAAAUUAAGAAAAUGUUCUUUCAAAGCCUCUUUCUGGCUGUCAGUCAAAAACAUGAGUGUAUCAGCUCUUGUAAUGUUUGCUUGAUCCUUAUGAGAGGUGUAAAUCCACACAGCUUCUUCCCAGAGAAGUGGGAAGCUGUUCUCGAAUGCACGUUGUGCAGAUGGGUGCACUUGGCUAAGCAGCAACUCGUUACUUUGCCGGAUUUCUCCCUUGGUCACUGGCUUUUGUGUCCUCCUGUAAAUAUUUAUGAUGCUCUGUUUAUAUCCUUUGUAUAUCAUUGAUACUGAAUUAGGUGGAAAAAUAAAUGGCCAAUUUUUAAA